CUCUCCUUCGUCUCAUCCCACCGUCGCCGAGGCACCGCCAUUCCCUCCAGCCCACUUGCGCACCACUGCCCUACUAUUACCCCCAUGGACAGAACCAGCACCGAUCCCUCGAAAAGCACCAACACGACCGACAGCAAAUCGCGGAAGCGCAACCCUGCGCCAGCAUCGGCCAAGGCCCCCAGCGGCCCGUCUCCAGCCCGGUCGCUCUCGGCUCCGUCUUCCCGAAAGAACAAGGCCGCACCCGCCGCCGGUGCCUCCUCUACUCUCCGUUCUUCGGGCUCGACGCCCAAUCGCCGCGGCGAUUCGUCUGCAAGUCGCCGAGGAGGAUCGAACCCAGGCUUCGCCAAGUCUGCUUCCUCGCGGCACAGGCCUCGAGGAGAGUCGCCCGCCCCGCUGGACGAGCCCGACGAUGACGGCAAAUAUCGAAGGAACGAGCCGUCGCAGCGUGUUCUUUUUGAUCACGAAACUGGGACCAAGACGAUUUUCUACAGCACCAAUUCAAGGUCGGCUGGGACGUGCCUGGCGCCCGCCACCGCCCACCUGGAAUCCAGCGAUCCCGACACCAACGCCGCCGAUGCCGAUAUCGACACCGAGUCCAAAAAGAAAAGCAAGCGGCGAUCCAGGCGCUAUCGUCGCAGCGCCUCCACCGACAGCAAUCCAGAGGAACAUGACAGCGCUGGCGACCGCAGUGCCCGUGGGGCACGCCAUGAUGCAACCACCCUCCUCGCCCAGAUCGACAAGAUGGAAACGUUGUUGGCCGAGUUCCAGAGCCCCACCUACGGCUCUGAGGAGCAUCCUCGGGUCUUUGAAAUGCGCCUCAAAUACGUUCGAGCGUCGAUCGCAUAUGUGCUGCUGGACUUUGACGGCAGCGUUCAGCGCGACAUGGAAAGAAAAGCCUGGAUGACCGGGGUCUAUCCCGAGAUCGAGCAGAGGCGCAAGAGCGGCGAGGCCGAAGUUGACCCUUACUCUUUGGCGCAGCGGGCAACAUGGAUCAAGCGCUGGGAGGCCUUCCUCAACGACGCCAUCGAUGUCUACACCACUUUUCUCGAUCGCCUGGAUGCUCACUUUGGGCCUCUCACGAUCCAGAGCUCGUUCGUGAUGUCGUGGGGACGGACGCUCAACUAUCUCGGCGAUCUACUGAGAUACAAAGAAAUGUAUACUGGCGAUCAAGCGACGCCCGUCAGCAAGCGAUGUUGGGCUGCUGCGUAUCAGCGCUAUCUAGAAGCCCGCUUCUCUGCACCCCAGCUCGGUCUCUAUCACAAUCAACUUGCCAUCAUCUCAUUCUACACCAACCGACUCAUCCCUGCCGUGUAUCACUACACCUUCAGCCUGCUCGCCAAAGAACAAUACUUGCCCGCCAAGCAGUCGCUCCUGAUGCUUUUCCAAACCAACGAAAAGCGCAUCGUCGUCAACGCGGCUUCAGAGCGGCAAUCGCACCUGGUGAUUUCUAGCGAGGCAACGCUGGAGCAGUUGCUGGUCCAUGCUCUGUUUGGAGUGUAUACCAACAAACCCGGACCAACAAACCUGAAGGCCGUCGAGCUAUUCAUCCAGAAAAUCUAUGCUGUCCAGCAUCGCUACCUCGACUUUACCCACACAAACACCGAAUUUUGGCUCCAGUUGACGGUCUCGAUCCUCAAUAUCAUCCACCAUCACCUCAUCAAAUAUGCUGGCGCAAGCCGAGCCGAGGAAGUGACUGCCAAGCUGCUCAACCGCUUGCUUAUUAUGGCGCUGAAGCGACAGCUUGAUGCCAUGAAGCGGUACAGCAACUCUGGAUUCAUCAAGGCCGAUAUCAUCCUCAGCAGCCUCAUUUUCCGCUGGCUGCUCCAACACGUCGCCAGCAAUCGCACCGUCUUUGAUGCUGUGAUGGAUUCUGAAGCCUGGAAGACCGUCGUCGAUAUUUACAACAUACAGGCCAUCGAGCUCGACAACAGCUCCAAGGCCCAACCCGAGCACAAGACCGUUGCGCUGCUCGAAGAUUCCGAACUCGAGUCAUUUGAUUUCCUCGGAUUCCCCGAAGCGUCCAAGCACAGUGAUUGGUCCGACCUUCGACAGCACAUCCGGGCCUCCAUGAGUCUGCACGAAGGAGCUACCCAGCGCGGAGCAUCGGCGUCUGCUGUGGCUGGACUCCGGGCUAUGCGAUUCACCAAACUUAGUCUUUCCAUACUUGAGCACUCCAAUGUCUACCGAAUGAACCCGACCACAGGGCUCUUCAUGUUGGAGAUCGAGAGCCGCGACUCUGAGCUCGAGCUCUCUGUGCCCGUCGUAGACGCUGGCGAUGAUCCGGUUGAAGAUGACUUGGAACUCAAGGCCCUCCACUCGCGACACCAGCAGCUGCACGGCAGGCUGAACGAAAGCACCAACCGAGGCGGCAAGCGUGUGUCCCAGAAUGUGCACCAAAGCUACUCAAGCAUCCGCCACGAAUGCAUAUUGGUCCUGGACACCAACUGCUUGGUGGAUAACCUCGACCUCGUGGACAGCAUGGCUUCCCAACAUCAGUGCGUGAUGAUUGUUCCGCUCAUUGUUGUUGCCGAACUGGACGGGCUCAAGGCAAGCAGCUCUGAACGUGUCCGGCUGGCAGCCACGCUCGCCAUCGAGUUUCUGGAGAGCAUCUUCCCGCCGUUCGGCAGUUCCAGUAGUGCCGAUAGUCGGCGCCAGUCACUCAAUCGCCACCUCAAAAAGAACAUCUGGCUUCAGACAAGCCAGGGCAAUUUCUUGCCGGACCUCCGCAUCCGCACUGAGAACCUCGGCGGCAGCAGCAGCAGCAGCAGCAGCAGCGGAUCCAGUCUUGGUCGCUCUCGUUUCCAGCCGUCCACCAUCCGCAACAACGACGAUGCUAUCCUGGAGGUCGCCAAAAGAACAGCACAGCAUUUGCUCCCACCACAUUUGCCGACGACACCGCUACCGUUCAAGCAGCGCAAGUGUGUCCUGCUGGUGACGGACGAUGUCAACUUGCGGCUCAAGGCCACGCCCUUUCUGGACUCUGGGAUCCAAGCGUGCGGCAUGGCUGAGGUCAAGAAGGCGAUGGACCGCCGCGGAUGACCGCCACGGAUGACCGCCACGGAUGACGACAGCGAGGGGCCUGCCGCCGCUACGAUUCUCUGCCGUCCCUACACACAAGUCUUCAUGCGCGAUAGCUCGGUGCGGAGCGUGUCCGUUUCUCCCUGCCCCUCAGCUGUAUCCGUGACGCAAAUGCAAAUCACCAUACCCUCACACACUCA